AUGACGCCACCGGUAUUGAGCGUGAAAUCUUCAAUAUUGAUAAUCGGUGCAGGAACAUGGGGCUGCUCAACUGCUCUUCAUUUGGCCCGUCGAGGAUACAAGAGUAUCCAGGUACUUGAUCCCUAUGAGGUCCCAUCGCCUAUUGCUGCAGGCAACGAUGUCAAUAAAAUCAUGGAACAUAAAGAGCUUAAAGGUAAGAAGAAAUCAAACCCCAAUCCUGGCUUCGAUGUCUUACUCCAGAUAGAUUCUUAUCAGGACGCGAAAAGCGUUGCCUUUGUCACUUGCACUCGAGCGGCGUUAAAGGGCUGGAAAGAAGAUCCAGUCUUCUCUCCAUUUUUCCAUGAGACGGGAUUUAUCGUUGCCGGAAGCACACCUGCCCUUAUACAGCAUAUCAAAGAUGAAGAAAUAGAUCCAUCUGAAGGUGAUUUUGCGAAACUCGAGACUGCCGAGGAUUUUCGCAAUACAAUGCCCCCAGGUAUCCUGACUGGCGAGUUUCCUGGGUGGAAAGGAUGGUUCUGUAAGAAAGAAGCGGGGUGGAUACAUGCUCGAAAGGCCAUGGUCUCUGCAUACACGGAAGCGAAAAGGCUCGGUGUCGAAUUCAUUACGGGCACACCACAUGGCGAGGUUGUGGCGCUGACUUAUGACGAGGGAGAUGUGACUGGAGCUCAAACUGCAGACGGUGCCUUCCAUCGUGCGGAUCAUACCAUUUUAGCGGCCGGUGCGGGCGCUGAUCGGCUGCUUGAUUUCAAGAAGCAACUACGUCCCACCGCUUGGACUUUAUCCCACAUCUCUAUGACUCCAGAAGAGGCCCACAAAUACCGCAACCUGCCAGUACUUUUCAACAUCUCUAAAGGGUUCUUCAUGGAGCCCGAUGAAGAUAAGCAUGAGCUCAAGAUAUGCGACGAGCAUCCGGGAUAUUGCAAUUUUAUUCGCGAUCCGCGCUGCUCAGGUGAAGAAAGAAGUGUACCCUUCGCCAAGCACCAGAUUCCACUGGAGGCGGAAACUCGUGCGAGAGACUUCCUACGGGAAACUAUGCCGCACCUUGCAGAUCGACCUUUCUCCUUUGCUAGAAUUUGCUGGGAUGCUGACACGGUCGAUCGAGCAUUCUUAAUUGAUCGACACCCGGAUUAUCCUUCCCUUUUGGUUGCUGUUGGAGGCUCAGGCAACGGAGCUAUGCAGAUGCCAUCGAUCGGUGGUUUCAUUUCUGACGCAUUGGAGGGUAAAUUGCAACCUGAGUUGAAAGAGGUGGUUCGCUGGCGUCCAGAGAUUGCAGUUGAAAGAGAUUGGCACUCUACUCAAAACCGGUUCGGUGGCCCUGGCCAGGUCAUGGACUUUCAGAGUGUUAGGGACAAUGAUUGGACUCAAAUUUCAAGCGGCGAAAUUAUCGGUUAA